AUGAAUGACUGUCUGAAUGGAAGUUCAGGAAAUGAAUUUUACCUUAUUACCUUCUCCAUGGCCUCACAAGCACAGGUUUACCUAUUUUGGGGGAUAUUGAUCAUAUAUCUGAUGGCAAUGUCAGGAAAUUUAAUCAUCAUCUGUCUUGUAUGCCUGGUACCAAAACUACACACUCCAAUGUAUUUCUUCCUGUGUAACCUUGCCAUUGUAGAUGUGGCAUCCACAACAACCAGCAUCCCUAAGCUACUAGCUAUCUCACUGACCCACGACCAUAGGAUCUCCUAUACUGGCUGCAUGAUCCAGUUAUUCUUUUUCGUCCUAUGUGCAGAUGGUGAAAUUUUUAUCCUCACAUCAAUGGCCUAUGACCGCUAUGUGGCCAUAUGUAAGCCUUUAGAAUAUCACAUGAUAAUGAGAAAGAACAUGUAUGUUGUAAUGGCGGCCUCCACUUGGAUAGUUGGCGCCCUAAACGCUUUAACUCAUACAAUACUUACCUCCAUAUUACAAUUCUGUUAUUCAAAUAUUAUCAAUAAUUUCCUCUGUGAGCUAAAUUCAGUGGUUGUUCUCUCUUCUUCAGAUCUUACAAGCAGGAAGGUUUUCAUGUUCUCUGAAGUUUUCCUUAUUUCCUUCGUACAAUUCCUGCUCACUAUAAUCUCUUAUAUUUUUAUCUUCUCCACCAUCUUGAAGAUCCGUUCUUCAGCAGGACGGAUGAAAGCUUUCUCCAGCUGCACCUCCCACCUCAUCAUAGUUAUAUUAUUCUAUGGACCACUUUUCUUCUUGUACAUAAAACCCAAAUCUGAAGAUUCUAAAGAACAGGACAUGCUGCUGUCCAUGCUUUAUCCAGUUGUGGUCCCAAUGUUAAAUCCACUGGUCUACAGUCUAAGGAAUAAAGAUGUUUGGGAGGCUAUAUUAUUCGUAACAAAACAAAAAAAGACAAAUCUCUAG